AUGAACACACCUCUGAAUACGAGACCUUCAGGGCACAGAAAUGAUCAUGUAUACAAAUUAAGAAAAAGGAAUUUCCAAAGAAGAUUAUCAACUCAACUCUGUUAUCUUGGAUAUAUGACAAUAAUUUUACAAUAUAUUAAGUAUGGGUCUAAUGUACUGACUUUGGGCUUCAGAUGUCUUCUUCAAUCGAUACUAUCAUCGCCAUUUCCUAGCGACAUUCAAUUGGAACGUAUUGCAAGAAAUAACAAUCUAUCAAGAAUUCCAUAUGUUGGUGACACUACAGCUCAAUUUAGAGUAUCAUCAGAAAUGACAAAUAUACCAGGUGCAUUUACGCCCACGGAGUCCAUAGAAGAAAUGCAGAAUAUAGAUAGACAGUCUGCAAUUAAUUCUUUAAAACUUAAGGCAAGAAAAAUACUAUUUCAUGGUGCUCUAACAGUAAAUACUAUCUUAAUAUUACUUGAUCUUUUGUUUCCAAAAGAUUUUGUUGGCCAAUUUGAAGGUAAUAACUUGAGAGACGGCUCGUUACAAAAUGCAUCAUCCCCUUUUAUUAAUGGCAAUGGUCUUCUACAAGGUGAAUAUAAAGGUGGAUUCUUUUUACAAAUAGUUGGAGAAUUAGUACCGAAGACUAAUUUAGAAGGAAAUUUGGGAAUGAUAUUUACAGAUUUUCUAAUAUUGGCAUUGCAAUAUGGAUUGUUCAUUUUGGGUUGUAUCAAUUUUACCAAGUUAGAUAAUAUUGAACUUGAUCAAAAUGAAGAGCUUAUUGCUCAAAAGUUGGAUGAAAAUAGUGAUGGUUAUGACGGGAAUGUUUUGGUGACAAUAAUAGACCCAAUUAAGGCAAUAGAUAGGGUAUUGAUAAUAGAUGAUACAGAAAAUGGCGAAAUAAAUAGCGUUGUUUAG